AUGGCCACCAUACCUGUUAAUCCCAAGCCUUUUUUGAACAAUUUGACUGGGAAGCAUGUUAUUGUGAAACUCAAAUGGGGAAUGGAGUACAAAGGUUAUCUUGUUUCUGUUGAUUCUUAUAUGAACUUGCAGUUGGCCAACACUGAAGAGUAUAUUGAGGGAAAUUUUACUGGGAAUUUAGGAGAGAUUUUAAUCAGAUGUAACAAUGUUCUCUAUCUUCGUGGAGUACCAGAGGAUGAAGAAAUUGAAGAUGCGGCUGAAGACUAG